CCGCGGUUCUUUCCGUGUCGACAAACUACUUUGCUAAAGUUCAGGUCGCGUAGUUGGUCGUGUGGUGUUCCCUCUUGGGGUUCGUUGUUUUUCGCCGCGUCAACCCGGUUUACCCUGAUAGGUUAGGGGUCGCUUUCUCGCGGUAUGGCGACCGGUCUGUCGCAGGUCGAAAGGGACGCGAUGACGCUUGAGGAAGGGGGCCCGUGUAGUGGCUUCCUUCCCUCAGAGGGGGAGNAAGAUGACUGCAUGGACACGGACACCGUCAGUGUUGCUGCCGGUCCUGGAGGCGGGUCCGGGUCGGUGGUUGACAGCAUAGCAAAAAAGAUGGGGUUAAGUUGUGAGAAAAAGAAAAGUGGAAAGAGAGGGCGAUCAAGCGAAGAGUUCUCCCCCACUAAGAAAACUUCUCGUGCAAUGUCGGAUACACAGAGGCAACUUCUUCUCAAUAAGUACCAUCCGGAGUCCAGGGGUCCGUUUCUGGUACAUAUUGAGACGUGUAGGCCUCGGGGUGGCCCUGCUGGGGACCAUAACCCCAGCCCUGAGGUGGGUGAGAAGACGGCCUCACUCAGUGUCAUAGGGUUGGGCAGAGAUGCUAACAACUUUGUGGAACAUUUCAAGAACGUCUCGGGGAACGUCACUCNCUCUGAGGAGUGGACUGCUCACGUCCCGUCGUUUCGAGUAGUUAAACAGUUCGUUGUAAGAGGCGUAGAUGAAGAGGAGUCGGCCGAGGACCUUGUCGCGGGUCUGCGUCCCCCCCCGGGGUGGACACAAGAGUGGGUCCCCCCUUUUGAGGCGGUGAGGAUUACUCGCAGAUCGUCCAAUGGCCCAGGAGGAGGUACGGUUUACGUAGGUACAAACCAGUUUAUACUUAGGUUCCGUUCGAGUAGAAUACCAGGUUCGUGUCUGUAUUAUGGAAAAAGGUUAUCUCUGACCCCGUAUGUGUAUAAGGUCAGGAGAUGCGAGUUUUGCCAGAGGUUUGGCCACACAAAGUUCACGUGUAAACAAACAGNUGACGGAAGCAGACAGNUUUGUGAGAGGUGUGCCAAGAGUGGCCACGGAAAGACCUCCUGCCCUAGUCACAGCGAGGAGUGCAUUAAUUGCGUCCGCUCCAGGGGAAGAGACACUGCCCAUCAGGCCUCUUCUCCGGACUGCCCUUCGUUUAGGAGACAGAGAGNGAUCAAUAAACUAAUGGCUUUUCGUGAUUUGUCUUUUAGGGAUGCGGCCAGGUUGUUGGAUAGCGGGGUGAACCCGGAUACCCACCUGCGUGGUGGGAUGGGGCCCUCCUCUUCCAUGGGCUCGUCCGUUNCCUUACCCUCACUGGCGGAGUUCUGGCCUCCUGCGGGGGAAAGAAAAUUUCGGUUCUUAGCCGGGGACCGUCCUUCGACGCCCCGUUCCUCACCAGGUACAGGUACGUUCACAAAGGAUAGUUCUCUCUCUUGCUCAAUGUCCCCGCGUGGCCGUGGACAGGCAAGUUUCAGCUUUGGGGUCGGUGGGUCUGUCCCGUCGACGCUCUCUUAUGCGGAGGUCACUGAAAUGGGCGUUGUAACCCAACCGGAACCUCCGGACGAUUCUCCAUUCGGACUGAGUGAGCCCGGCCGGAAUACGAGAAACGGGAAGGUUGACGGGGACCUUACACGGAGGAGCACCGUUCCUCCGCGUUCCUCGGGCUUAAACCGUCCGAGUAACCCCCUCAUAACCUUCUCUAGUACGGGUGGCAGUGCUGUCUCCCAAAUUCUUGACAAAUAUAAACUUGACAAAACGUCACCUUGUCACCGUCGCCAACUGGGGCCAUUCCUGCCGUUGGCCAGGCGGAAGCGAGUUUGA